AUGGAGGGCGGUGCACAAGGAGGAGCGUCCCAGGGGAUGGCCGGGCUGAUGACCGGGCGCAGCACGUUCGGGGGGAACAAGCGGCGCAGGACCACGUCGGGGGGGCACAGCAUGAGCGAGGCCCAGGAGGGGAAGAUCAAGCUGGCGUUCUUCGUGGCCAUCGUGGGCGUGGUCCUCACGGUGCUCGGCGUGGGGACGGAGUUCUGGGUGGAGCUGUCGGCGCCGAAGACUUUCUACAACAAUCAGACCUGUCUGACGGCUCACUACGGGCUGUGGAAGGGCUGCACCAAGACGCUGUGGGUGGCCGACAUCGACCCGGAGAGGGAGAGCUGUGGACCGGCUGAGCUGCAUGGAGAAUCCAACUGCACCUACUUCAAGUUCUUCACCACCGGAGAGAACGCGGUGAUGUUCCAGAAGACGACGCAGAAGAACCUGAACGUGGCGGCGGCCAUGUUGGUGAUGUUCAGCCUGUUCCUCAUGGUGAUGGGCGCCAUCUGCAUCGUCAUGGCUCUGAGUAAAGAAAUCCUCUUCUUCUUGAAGCCGGCGUCGAUCUGCUUCAUCCUGUCAGGCGCCCUGGUGCUCCUCUCCCUCAUGGUGUUCCACCAGUCGGUCCUCGCUCUCCUGGCCAGCGACCACACGGUUCCUCUCCACCACGAGCUCUCCUGGUCCGUGUCGUGCAUCGGCUGCGCGGGCGCCGUCCUGGUGGUGGGGGGGGCCCUCUUCCUGCUGCUGGCGCUGCCCGUCAGCCCCUGGCAGAGGUGCCUCCCUCAGAAGGACAGCAGCAGCUAG